CAGACACGCAGCGCAAAAGUCAGAAAAGUAACUCUGUGUUUGUGGCUACAAAGUAACAAAAUGAGGACUUCUGAUGGUCGCAUGUGACAAUACACGACCCGACGAGUGAUUGCACAUAUUCCUUAACCAUGGAUCUCAGCGAGGAAGAGUCAACUCCUCUGGUGAUCAGAGACCGCGGAGGCAGCCAGAGGUCCAGUUCAAGCACUGUUCCUAAUUUACAAGUCAACUUCUUCCCUGUCAAAAAGGAAGCAACAACAUUACAGAUCACAUCUGGACAAAUAUCUGCUGAAAAUGUCUGCAUCCAAGCAGGGAAGAAAUGUGGAAUCUUGCCGGUAUACCUAAGUCUAUUUGGUUUGGCAUCUGAAGACCUCUCAUUUUGGUAUCCUCCUUCUCACAUGUUUGACACUGAUGAAAACUUAAAAGUCCAUUUCAGAGUCAGGUACUUCUUUGGAAAUUGGUUUGGGCAAGAACCAAGAUCUUCAUACCGCUACAGUUUGACUAGAGACAGAAUCAGUCCAGUACUCGACUACAGUGUCAUUGACUAUCUUUUUGCCCAGCUUCGAAAUGACUUCAUUGAAAGUAAGGCAGGCAUAGCCCCACCAUUGACUCUUCAGGAGGAAUGCCUUGGCCUUGCAGUGCUCGACUUGUGGAGAAUGGCCAAGGAGCGCAACCAGAGUGUUAGAGAGCUCUGCAAGACUGUCAGCUACAAAUCCUGCCUUCCCAUGUCACAUCGCCAUGACAUCCAGAAACGAAACCGGCUGGACCGCUACCGAAUUAGAAAUACCCUCAAGCGUUUCUUAAAGAAGCUUGGCAACUGCUCCGUAGAUGAGUGCAGCCUGAAACUCAAGUACCUGAUUGAGCUGUCUGGCAUUGAGCCUUCUGUUGGAACGGAAACCUUCCAAGUGAAUCAUUCUUCCUCCCAUCCAAAGUCAGACUUCUCUCUUGUGCGGGUCACAGGGGAAACAGGAAUCCAAACCGCUGGAAGUAUCAAUAACAGCCAGGUUUUGUCAAGAGUUGAGUGGCAGACCUUCUGUGAUUUUCAAGAAAUCAUUGACAUCAGUAUACAGCGGGUAUGCCAUGAGCAGGUUCCCCAAGACAGCAGGAUGGUGACUAUAACACGAAAGGAUGACAGCUGCUUGGAAGUCAAGUUCCAGAGUCUCAAAGAGGCACUUUCGUUUGUGUCACUUGUUGAUGGUUACUUCAGACUGACCACGGACUCAAGCCACUUCUUCUGCCAAGACAUUGCUCCGCCAAGUAUUCUAGAGGGAAUCAAAAACCAUUGUCAUGGCCCAAUAACAUCAGAGUUUGCAGUCAACAAAUUGAAAAAGUCAGGAUACAAAGGUGGUACCUUCCUUCUGCGGCAGAGUCCGAAGAACUAUGACAACUUUUUCCUCACUGUUUGUGUUCAGACUCCACUUGGACUUGAUUAUAAAGACUGUCUCAUUAAUAAAAAUGAGCACUACAGCCUCUUUGGUGUCCAGAAAUCAUUUUCCAGCUUGAGAGAGCUUACCAGCCACUAUCAACACAAUAAGCUCCUGCUGGCUGAAGUACCUGUCAAGUUAACCUGCUGCUGUCCACCCCGACCCAAAGAGCUCACAAAUUUGAUCAUCAUACGCAACUGCAGCUCUGUAGAAGCUCCAGGCUCUCCAACAACCGAAAGGAACAAAUUCAGUCACAUCCAGUUUCAUAUGAUCAAAUAUGAGGACCUGAGCUGUGACGAAAGCCUCGGUCAGGGCUCUUUCACUCGAAUCUUUAAAGGCAAAAAAAUCGACAUUCAUGACGGGGAGAAACGUGUGACCGAAGUUCUGCUGAAAGAGCUCGAUGCGACUCACAAGAACUGCUGGGAGUCAUUCUUUGAAGCUGCCAGCCUGAUGAGUCAGAUUGCACACAGACACCUGCUCCUUGUAUACGGUGUUAGUGUUCACGGAGCAAAGAACAUCAUGGUGCAGGAGUAUGUCAAGUACGGGGCCCUUGACCUUUACUUGAAAAGGGGGAGAUCUGUAUCAGUGAGCUGGAAACUUGACGUAGCCAAACAGCUCGCAUCAGCCCUCAACUUCCUGGAAGAGAAGAACAUUGUUCAUGGAAAUAUCUGUGCCAAAAAUCUGCUGCUGGCCAGAGAAGGUGACCCCUCUCAGGGGAGCUCUCCUUUCAUUAAGCUGAGUGAUCCGGGCAUCAGUAUGGCCAUGGUGGGCAAAGAUGUCAUUCUGGACAGGAUCCCCUGGGUGGCCCCCGAGGUGUUGGGCGCUCCAGAAAAACUGACCCUCGAGUGUGAUAAAUGGAGCUUUGGCGCCACAGUGUGGGAAAUCUUUAACAAUGGAAACUCCCUGCUACGAGGCUGGAACCUAGAUCAGAAGAAGCAGUUUUAUGAGAGUUUCCAGCAGCUGCCUCCCUCUCAGUGGACAGAGCUAGCAGAUCUGAUCAGUCAGUGUAUGGACUACCAGGCAGACUUCAGACCUUCAUGUCGCAGUAUUAUCCGUCAACUCAACAGUCUCAUCACUUCAGACUAUGUGAUACUUCAUGCUACCGAACCUGUCACACAGAGCCCCGUGUGCAGAUCUUACAGCCACCCUCAGCACGACCAGACAUUGUUUGAGGAGAGAUACUUGCGCUACAUCUCCCCUCUGGGAAAAGGGAACUUUGGCAGCGUGGAGCUUUGCCGUUAUGACCCGCUGGGUGAUAACACUGGUGAGCUGGUGGCUGUGAAGAAGCUGCAGUCCAACAAGCAGUCAAACCUGGAGGACUUCCAAAAGGAGGUCAACACCCUCCACGUCUUACACUGCGACUACAUCGUCAAAUACAAGGGAGUCUGCUACAGCAUGGGUCGCCUCAGCAUGAGUCUAGUGAUGGAGUACCUGCCCUAUGGCAGCCUUAUUGGCUACUUAGAGAAGAACAAACACAACAUCAACACCAGGCGGAUGUUACUAUUUGCUUCUCAAAUUUGUAAGGGGAUGGAGUACCUGCAGAGCCUGCGUUAUGUGCACCGAGACCUUGCAGCCCGAAAUAUCCUUGUAGCCAGUGAGACGCUGGUAAAAAUCGCUGAUUUUGGGCUGACCAAGGUCAUUCCACAUAAUAAGGACUACUACCGUGUCACCCAACCAGGAGAGAGCCCCAUCUUCUGGUAUGCCCCAGAGUCCAUCACUGAGUCCAGAUUCUCCCAAAAAUCAGAUGUCUGGAGUUUCGGGGUUGUUCUUCAUGAAAUCUUCUCUUACUGUGAUAUAAGUUUCAAUCCAAAAAGACUUUAUAUGCAGGAGAUUGGGCACAACGUGCUGGGUACAUCCAUUUCAGUGCAUCUGGCAAAUCUACUGAAGGGUAACUGGAGGUUACCACCACCUUUAAACUGCCCGCCCAAGGUGUACCUUAUGAUGAGGCAGUGCUGGGCACAUGACUUUGAUGAGCGUCCAUUUUUCUCCAACCUUGGAAACGAAAUUGAAACUAUGAUCCAGGAUGAAAGAGAGAACUCUAAAGGCUGACGAGGAUACAAGAUACUUACUCUUUGUUCAAAAGGAAAUCAAGUUUAAAUGAGUACAUGUUCACAAGUUCUCAGGAGUGAACAUCCAAUUAUGGGAGUAUGCGCAGGCUGACUUAUUUAUGAUAGAUCUCUGGGUACACUGGUUCUGAUAAGCUCUACUUAGGCUCUUUCAAGUUGAUAUCACAGCAAAGCCUAGGUUAUUAUAUUUUUAUAUUUUUUAUAUUUUAUAUUUUUCCAGUUUUCACUCUGAACUUUUUGCAGAGAUUUAAUGGUUGCUAGAGAUUGCUAGUUUUUUGUUUGUUUGUU